AUGGCGACUUCGGUUAGGUCUGCGGCGUUGAUACUGGCGGUCCUGGCGUCCCUGCUGUGUUCAGCUAUGUGCGCUAGACUGGUCGGGGGGAAGACGGAGGUGGCGGACGUGAAGACGAACGAGGAGGUGCAGGAGCUAGGGAAGUUUGCGGUGGAGGAGCACAACAAGAGGGUGAGGAAGUGGCAGGAGGAGGAGGUGAAGUUCGUGGAGGUGGUGGAGGCGCAGAAGCAAGUGGUGUCAGGGAUCAAGUACUACUUGAAGGUGCGGGCUACGCAGGAGAGUGAUGAGGCUCCAAGAGUGUUUGAAUCGGUGGUGGUGGUGCAGCCGUGGCUCCGUUCCAAGCAGCUUCUCCACUUUGCUCCUUCCUCCCAGUAA